UUAAUUUCACGAGCCAAAGGUGGAUUUAAAUAUUGAUCUUGAUGUUACGAGUGAGUUUGUGGUAUCGUGCACUAUACUAUAUCGCAUGGUGACUAUGAUAUCGAUUCUUGCGAUGGCCGUGGUAAAUUCGAUCAAUAAACAGGCCAGUACAGGUGCAGGUAGGACGAGUACCAAGGGAACAUGGCUGCUAUUCUGUUGAAGAGCUUGCACAGUUUGGAAUCAUUAGACGAGCCAACGGUAAAGUGGACCAUUCCCCUAAAUGACGGCAAUCAUGUGAUAGAAUUCGAACAUGGAACAGCGACGGGACGUCGAGUGGUAAAGGUUGACGGGAAGGAAUUGAUUCACAGAGAUUGGAUGUUUCAUCUCGUUGGCGACGAAGCUUUCACAUUCAACGAUAACAAAUUCGUCAUCAGAGUUGAUCCAAUUCCAGGUUUAAGGUACUGUUAUACUUUGUGGGUGAACGGGAAGAGCUACACACAUUUUGUCAAAUCCCAGACGAAGGUUCUGGAGACCUGGUUGGCCAACGUUGGAAAUGAAGAAUACAGAAUAGUGUUAGAUAAACAGACCCAAAACGUUUGGGUUAACGGCGAGCAGAUCGAAACACAGAGCGAUUUUACCGACGAAGGCGCGGAAAUACUUUUCUCGGUAGCAGAGCUCCCAGCCACGAUCAGGUCAUACAGUUCGGGGCAAAAAGACAUCGGAAUAGUACAUUCUUUGUACAUCAACGAGGUGGAGAUUCAGAAGGAGACGCUGCUAAAGGAAUCCGAGGACUCGUGAAUCUAAGUCGGAUAGACUGGGUGUUUAGAAAAACUCUGUAAUUUCACGUGCCACGAAAAUUUCUUACACUUUGUAAAUAAUGCAAUAAAUGUAUUUUGAGA